AAGAGACAAACAACUCCAGCAGUACUACACCCUUUACUACGAUGCCAGACCAUAAGUUGCAACACAAUAGCAGUUCAUCCAAUCUCACUGUUACGUCAUCCACACAAUCUACAGCAACAUCUACAGUAGGUAUGUCCACCAGUACUAUUCAUCUGACCAGUACCAGUCAGCCCACCAACACCACUACAUCUGUCACCUUGAUGACUCAGCCCACUAAAACCAUCCAGACAACAAGAUCCACCAAAGCUUCAUCAGUCACAUCAUCACAACACAAUAUUACAGUGGUGACCACUUCCAAGAUUUCUUUCACUUCUGUAACAGCCACAUCAAAAUCUGAGGCUGUCGUAGCCAAAACCUCCAAAUUUGAUGUGGGCAGUUUUGUAGGUGGCAUCGCGCUGACACUUGGAGUCCUAGUUAUUCUCUACAUCGGAUGCAAAACCUAUCACUCUAGAAGAGGCAUUCAGUACAGAACCAUUGAUGAACAUGAUGCCAUCAUUUAAAGAGACUUCAGGGAAGACAGUGUUGGACACCCAUCCUAUCACAGCUGUUGUAACUUCUGAAAGAGUUCCUUUUGUAAAGAUGAUCAAUCUCUAAACCUAUCUUGGGUGCGAUCCUGCAAAAUGUUGAGACACUCUUUAAACAUCCUGAUUUUUUUGCAUUGGCUUUCAUAAGAAGAAGAGGAACUCAGCACUUUGUAGAGACAGUAUUUUCUUUUUCCAGUAUUUGUAACCAAAUUUAAAGAACGCACAUAUUGAGUCACUUUAAGGUACACACACAAGUCUCUGAAAUAGCUAAUUACUAGCACAGUGGAUCGCAUAAUUACGCUUCUAAGUAAGUUCAAUUAUUUCUCACAUACUGUGCAAAUCCAGUGUGUUCCAUAAUGGAUAUAGUAGGUUAAAUAGGAUACCUUUGAGACCAAGUAUAGGUUUUUGAAAGUAAAAUGGUUUUUUUCCUAAUAUUUUGUAUUAAAUUGUAUUUAUUUUGAAGUUUGGUGUGAAGUUUAGUUUAGAAAUUUUGGGUUUUGACAAUUCGGUUAGUUAAUUUUUAUUAGGCUAUAAAGGGACACGGUUUGCUGUGUAGAAGGUGAUAAAGAGUACUUUAAACUUCAAUCAUUAGCUCACCUGUGACCUGCAGAGACUUUCCUCAACAGGCUAUACAGUGAGACUAGCUGCAGGAAGCACAGACAGACUGGAGAUAUCCAUCCACAACCCUGUUCUCUAACUGGGUCCUUAUAAGAAAACAAAUUAUGCGAUCCAUAGCUUUUUUUUUCCUUGCACGUACAAUUG